AUGCACCUUGGCUGUGUCCCGGACCACCACCUCCUCGCUCUUCACCUCUGGUCCACGGACGGCCUCAACGCCAAGGAGUUCGCGCUGCUCCGCUCCAUCGUGGCUGCGUGCGCGCCCAGCAGGCUGCUUGUGGUCGGCCUCUCGCCGCAGCUCCGCGCGCUCGCCGCGGUCAACUCCGGGCAGGGCGCUGCCACCGCCUCCGACAGCGCCGAGGACGCGCAGGGCGUGCUCGUUGGGCGUGGCCCCAGCAGCUCGGCGGCCGUCCAUGUUUCAAGGUACCCCGACCCGGCCGGGGAGGCGUGGGCGGUGCUGCGGCGCGCGAGGUCGAGCCCGGUGUGCCGGCGCCCGACGGGGACGGUGCGCAAGUUGGGCUGCCGGCUGGUGCUGACCUACUUGCCGCGGGAGGUGCUCGACGCGAGGUGGGACGUGGUCGUCGUCGACGGGCCGAGCGGGGCAGGUCCCGGGGAGCCGGGGAGGAUGGGCGCCAUAUACACCACGGCCGCACGCGUGACGGGGGGCGAAGCGGUGGACAUGACGGUGCACGAGAUGAACCGGACGAAGGGAAGAUCUGACGCCACCGCCAAUCUUCUCCACCCAGCGGCGCCAUGGAUGCCGACCGACGAGCGCCUCAUCGCGGUUGCUGGCCGACGAGGACAGGGGAGCUCAGGUGCUGGGAUGGAGACGCACCUACAGGGGGGCCGGGGACGCCGGAGGCGGAGGAGAGGCCGAGAGGGCCAGAGGCGGAGGGGAGAGCCGGACGGCCGACGAGUUCGCCGACGAGAGCCCCGCCGGAGCCGUCCCCCCUUCGACCUUCUCUGCUCGGCGGCGCAGCUCACGCGCGUAUCCAUGAUGGCUACCAUGAUGUUCGAUCGGCAUGGUUCAGCGGUCUCUCAGAUCUCGCUACUUAUAGGUGUGCCGCUCCUAUCCCGAUGGCUACGGAGGUGA